GAGAAGUCUGGAUCUUGGUUGAAAAUGGCUGCUAUGUCUGCGAAAUUUCUCCGGACGAAAACAUUUCCAAAACAAAAGGGUCUAUUAAAGGUUUUAUGCAAGAGGAAUUUGCACGCAUCCAGCUCAGUUGGUGCAAGUCUUACUGUUCGUGAUGCUAUCAAUGCUGCCAUUGAUGAGGAGAUACAGAGAGAUGACAAAGUAUUUUUAAUGGGUGAAGAAGUUGCCAGAUAUGAUGGAGCAUAUAAGGUUUCCCGUGGUUUAUCAAAGAAACAUGGGGAAAACAGAGUCAUAGAUACUCCAAUUAGUGAGAUGGGGUUUGCUGGUAUUGCUGUUGGAGCUGCUAUGGCUGGACUGAAACCAAUUUGUGAGUUCAUGACAUUCAAUUUUGCAAUGCAAGCCAUUGAUCAGGUGAUCAACUCUGCUGCAAAGACAUAUUACAUGUCUGCAGGGGAUGUUCCAGUUCCUAUUGUUUUUCGUGGUCCAAAUGGUGCAGCAGCAGGAGUGGCUGCUCAACACUCACAAGAUUACGCUGCAUGGUAUGGUAAUUGUCCAGGUUUAAAGGUCCUAUCACCCUAUUCUGCUGAAGAUGCAAAGGGUUUGCUAAAGGCAGCAGUCAGAGACCCAGAUCCAGUUGUUGUUUUAGAGAAUGAACUGAUGUAUGGAAUAAAUUUUGAUAUGUCUGACGAAGCAAUGAAAGAUGAUUUUGUGUUACCAAUUGGAAAAGCAAAAAUUGAACGUGAAGGCGCUGAUAUAACACUGGUGGCACACUCAAGAUCAGUUGGUUUGUGUUUAGAUGCAGCUGAAGAACUACAAAGUGCUCAUAGCAUUAGCUGUGAGGUUAUCAAUCUUCGCAGUAUUCGUCCUCUCGAUAAGGAAACGCUUGUGAACUCCGUUAAAAAAACAAACCAUCUGAUCUCCGUUGAAGGAGGAUGGCCAUUCUUUGGAGUUGGGUCAGAGAUAUGUGCCACAAUGAUGGAAAGUGAAGGCUUUGAUUAUUUAGAUGCACCAGUUUUGCGAGUGACAGGAGCUGAUGUACCAAUGCCUUAUGCUCAAACAUUGGAGCAAUUUGCUUUGCCACAAAAACAUAAUAUUGUUAACACUGUAAAGAAGUCUUUAAAUAUUGCAUAAUUCUAGGAAUUGUUUAACUAGACUAAACAACGAAUACUACUGAUAUUUUUUAAACAAAAAAUUCUGGACAAUAUAGGAAAAGUUUGAAUAAGCAAUACCAAAAUUAAUGCUUCAUAUGUUUGGUAUUUUAUUUUGUAUCAUAAAACAAUCAUUAUACUGGACCCAUGGACCACCUUACCACUUAGAAUGUAACACGGAUAAAAUAUGUUAUUUAAUACCUGAGUAAAACAUAGUAAUUAUACAUUACCAGUUUGACCGAGAAAAAAAUUAUUAUUCUUUGUGCUGUGAGCUUAA